GCGCUGGUGCUGCUAUGUCGAUGCGAUUGCUAACAGGUAUUAGUUGGCUUUAGGUCGAAAUAUCGUUAAGUGUGUAGGGAGUCGUCUGCGAUAUAAUAAAUAUGGCGUACCGCGGUGUGAAAGGUUCUGAUCCAUUCGUAUCGAAAACAUCCCGAAAUGAACGUUUUGCACAAAUGUCAAAACAAGAACAAAUUAUUCAACAAAAAAAGCUUGAAAUACAGGCAAAAAUGCAAGAGCAGAAAGCAAAAGAAGCUGUGGAAAACUUGAAAAAAACGAACGCGCUAGCUCCGAAUUUGAUAGAAAAUAAAAUGAAUUCUUCCAAAAAAGAUGAAGACAAACCAGUGUCUCAAACAAUUAAUUUAUUUGCCAAUGACGGUAGCUUUUUGGAUCAAUUCAAAAAAAUUGCAAGUAACAAAGGAACAGGAAAAGGAGAAUUGAUGUUUCCUUUGAAAUUAGAAGAGAAAAAAGAAGAAAAAACUAAGGAAAUUUCACAGGACAAGGAACGAAGAAGAAAUAAUGACAGAAAUAAAGAUUGGGAGAAUAAAAAAGAACGUAGAAGAGAAGAUACUCAUUGGGAGAAGAGUUCUGAGAACAGACAUAGCUCUUCUUCCAGUCCAUCUCCAACUAGACGUCCAGCAUCUCAAAGUCCAGAAGCCAGACGUUCAUUUAAUCAAGUAACUUCUAAUGGACAACGUAUGCAGCACAACCAUCCACAAUUUAUUUCUCGGAAUGGAAGUCUAUCUACUGUUCCUUCUCCUGCAUCUCAACCUAUGACACAUCUUACUGGCGUACCAUCACCUAAUAUGAGGAAUAUUGUAACCAAUAUACCUCCUCCGAAUCUAUCAAAAAUGCCUCCUCCAAAAAAUAUGUGUAACACUUUUCCUAGACUUGAUGAUCGACCUGGAGAUCCACGAAUGCAAAUAUCAUCACCUCAUACGAUUCGUCCACCUCCACCUCCACCUCCACCUCUACCUCCCCUUCCUGUGCAACCUCCUCAACCUGUUCCAAAUACUAAUAUACCUCCACCAAAUAUUCAUAUGUCUCGAACAAUAUCAUCCAAUUUACAAAGUUUACCACCACCGCUACCUUCACCAAAUCCAUUAGCACCUUUAUCAUCUUCUUCGACGUCAUCAACAUCGUCAACAUCGCCAUUAUUGUUGUCAUCACCGCCUCCACCACCGCCUUUAUUAUCGUUAUCUUCUUCCUCUGCUUGUUCUACUUCCUCCAUUAUCUCCUCUUCAUCCUCCUCUAUCACUACCUCUUCUUCUUCCUCUUCUACAUUGAUAUCAACUGGCUUACAACUUCCUUCAUCGAUAACAUCGCCGUCGCCAUCGCCAUCGUCGUCAUCAUCGUUAUCGUUAUCGUCAUCAUCAGCGUCGUCGUUGUCAGCAGCAUCAUCAUCGAAUCAAUUGCCACUAUCUUCGUUGUCGUCUACGUUAUUAGUGUCAUCAGAAUCAGACACCCGACAACAUGUACUUUCAACCGGACCGCAGUGUGGUGUACCACCUCCAGCACCAUUGCAACCUAUGAAUUUACCGCCUCCAAACAUUCCUCCUCCGAAUUUGUUACCAACAAUGACGCAAAUACCACCAAGUAUAAUGUCAAUUCCGGCGUCACAGACAAUUGUGGUCAGUGUACCGAAUGCAUCAAACGUGCCAAAUGUUCCAAAUGUUCCACCGCCAAAUGUGAUACCAUCCGUAAUGAUGUCCGCUCCACCACCAGUUCACAAUGUGCCGUCGAGUAUAAAUUCAGUUCCUCCGCCUAAUUUGAAUAUUCCACCUCCGAAUGUGCCGCCUCCUUCCUUAAUCCAAAAUGCUGGGCCACCGCCACUUUCUUUAAUGUCAACCAGUUAUCCUCUUCCUAAUCAAGUCGCUCAGGUACCUAUGGGACCACCUAACAUACAAGUGCCACCACCAGUGAGGCCAUUGACUGGUCUACGAGCCUCUGAGCAGCUAGUGUGUCCCGUAGAGGCUGAGCAGUUGGCACGCAUCGUCGCUGAGUGUGGGGAUGAAAUCGAACAGGAAGCGCGAGAGAAGAAUGCCCAAGAUCCUAAAUUAUGGUUUCUGCACCAAAAGCAAAGUGCAGCCUAUCUGCAGUACAGGGGAUUGGUGGCAAAAUUUCGCGCCGAUAAAUCCUCUAAGGAAAGUAAAAACAGUGGUGCGGAACUCUAUUGUCCGGAGGAAGCUCUCAGCGACAAUGACGAUAGUGAUCAAGGUCCUAUUUGUAAUAAACAUAUUUCUUCACAAGAAAAAAAGCGAGAGAGAGAAAAUGAGGAUAAUUCUAAUUCAAAAGAGGAUAAUAAGGAAGAACGUAAACGAAAAAGACGUAGCCGAUGGGGUGAUCCAGAUAAUAAAGUGCCCAUAUCAGAAAUAAACACGAUAACCACUCAUAGUAAACAACAAAGUAGUGGCAAUUUUUCACAGCCAGGUAUUGCAAUUCCUGGACAAAUUGGACAACCUGCUGUUAUAAUACCCCCGCCGAAAGUUCAACGUACUGAAACAAAAAAUCCUAUGUUGACUAAAAUAUCAAGAAACGAUCCAGCUUUGAUACAAUAUGCUCGACAAACUUUUGGUACUUUAGAUCUUACUGAGGAACAAUGGAAGAAAGCCGAGGAUCAUUAUAAGAUAAAUCUUCUAUAUCAAAAUUUAUUAAGAAAACGAGAAGAAGUAAGACGUUUGGAAGCACAGGGUAAACAUAAAUAUGAAUACGAUAGUGAUGAAGAAACGGAAGGUGGUACUUGGGAGCACAAACUUAGAUCUGCUGAAAUGGAAGCAACACAAAUGUGGGCAGAAGAAUUAACAGCGCAAGCGGAAGGAAAACAUCAUAUUGGUGAUUUCUUACCGCCAGAUGAACUUAAAAAAUUUAUGGAACAAUAUAAUGCAGUUAAGCAAGGGAAAGAACCUGAUCUUAGUGAUUAUAAGGAGUACAAACUGAAAGAGGACAAUAUAGGAUUUCAGAUGUUACAAAAACUUGGUUGGAGUGAAGGACAAGGAUUAGGUAGUGAAGGCAAUGGUCGCAUUGAACCCAUUAAUAAAGCAACUAAUAGAUUUGAUAGCGCUGGUUUAGGUUCUGAAAGACCUGAUGGUGUGUCCAGAGAUGAUGAUGAAUUUGAUGCCUACAGAAAAAGAAUGAUGCUUGCCUAUAGAUUUAGGCCUAAUCCUUUGAAUAAUCCUCGACGACCUUAUUAUUGAAAAAAAAUUGAUAGAUCAUAUUUAUGGCAUUAUAUAUUAAUAUUUUCCAUCUAGUUGGAAAAAAAUUGUCGUUAUUUUGUAUAUUUGAAAUACUGUAAAUGUAAUAAGAUUACAGUUAUAAACCAUGUUAUGCUCCAAAUGCGUGAUAAUAUAAUAAAUAAAAUCAUAAACUUGUUUCUAA